UUCGGUGCAGUGAGCUCGCGGCCUGCCGACGUGGCGGGGCGGAAGAACAGAGAGGAGCCUGUGCUGCUUGUCUGCUGGCACCAAACGGAUCACCAUGUCCCAGGCAGCCCCCGCUGAAGCAGAACCCCCUACAGAUGCAGACAUCUCCCACUCAACUGAUCUGCCCCACCACACUGAAUCUGACCAUCAUGAUGUCCCAGCAGCACUCACACCACCCUCCUCCUCCUCCACCACCACCACACCUGAGAGUUUCACCCUGCCAGAGUCGACUGAGGAGAUGACCACAGAGGACACCAACACCACCUUGGAGACCAACACUUCAGAGGAUCCAACUGAUCAAGAAACACCACAAGCCUCUGAAGGUCAGGUGAUAGAAUGUGAUCAACAAGUGAGUCUAGAGCCAGAUGCAGAAGCUCCAGAGGAGGAUGUGGAGGCGUCACUGCAGGAGAAAGAAAAAAGCUGGGGAGGCUGGAGUUCAUGGGGAAAAUCUCUCCUGAGCAGUGCCACCUCCACAAUGGGUCACAGCCUGACUUCAGUGAAGGUGAAGGCAGGAGAGGCUCUGCGUCUUCACAGGACAUCAGUUGGAGAGGAGGCACAAGAAGAGGAAGAGGAAACAGACGUGAAGAGAGAGGGAGGAGGGAGUGGAGAGGCCGAAUUGUCACACUCUGCGGAGUCUCCCACUUUGAGUCCAACGGCUCCUGGCAGAGGCGUUUUCUCCACAAUCACACACGCUGUGCAGAACACAGGUAAGUCUGUGAUCAGUGGAGGUCUGGAUGCCUUGGAGUUCAUUGGGAAAAAGACGAUGACUGUUCUGGCUGAGAGUGACCCGGGUUUCAAAAAGACCAAGACGCUGAUGCAGAAGACUGUAUCACUGAGUCAGAUGCUGAAAGAGGCAAAGGAGAAGGAGCGGGCACGACUGAGCAACCAGCUAAUAAGUGCUCCCACAGCUCACUAUGGUAUUCUGUUUGACGACUACCAGGGCCUGUCGCACCUCGAGGCACUCGAGAUUUUGUCAAAUGAGAGUGAGGGCAAGGUUCAGGCGUUCCUGUCUGCGCUGGAGGAAGAGGAGCAGGAUGAGGUGAAGAAGGAGCUGAUUUUAAUCAAAAAUAUUUUCAUCAAGCAAGAGGAAGAAGAGGAGGAGGAGGAGAAGGAAGAAGUGAAAGAAGGAGAACAGACGAAGGAUAACGGUGAUCUAAGUUCCCAAUUACACUGUUCUACCCCCCUAUGUGCUGAUAGUGAGGAGUUUUUGAGUGUUCUCACUGAGCUGCUGUUUGAGCUCCAUGUUGCUGCCACACCAGACAAACUCAAUAAGGCUCGGAUCAGGGCCCACGAUUGGGUGAGCGAGGUGGAACAUCGUGUCACUACAGAAACAGUUGGCACCGAAACACCUGACCAGCAGGCAGGAGAGGCUACGCCUGUAGAGAAUGAGACGGAGGAGAAGAAGGCAAAUGAGGAGGAGCAUGGGGAGGAGAAGAAGGGAACUGAGGAGGAGGAGGAGAAGAAAGAAGGAAAGAGCGACUCUAGAUCUGUAGAUGCUGUCUACCUGUCAUCAGUAGGCAGUCUGGCAGAAGUGACAGCUCGCAGUAUUGAGCAGCUCCACAAGGUGGCAGAGCUCAUCCUUCAUGGCCAGGAGUUAGAGAAACCAGCAAGAGACCAGGCACACAUCCUCACCAGGUUGACAUGUGCCAUGUGUCAGGAAGUUGAGUGUUUGGCCAAGAAGUUUUCUGACACACUGCUUCUUGUUGGGGGCCAGAGGAAAGCGGAGGAACUGAAUCCACUGGUAGACAAUGUUCUGCUGGAGGGCUCCAACAGUACCAACUACAUCCAGAAUGCAUUUCAGCUGCUGCUUCCCGUCCUGCAGAUCUCCCACAUCCAGAGCCAACACUGCCGACCUGCCACAGAACCAGUGGCACAGACACCGACACAGCACUAACACUCACACACUGACACACACAGGUCAUCCACUUAAUAUAUCUGUUGUUGUACAGCAACGAAUAGAGAUUAGAAUAUUAUUGAUAUUAAGUGCUUAUAUCUAUGUGGUGUGCAACGGAAGAUGUUUGUAAAUGCUGAAUAUAAUCUUUAAAUGUAAUGAUUAAAUUAACAGAUACAUAUAGAAAGGACCCACAUACAGGAUGCAUUUGUAUGUGUUCCCUCCAUCUUGUAUGUGUGAAUGUUUUAGUGUAUUGAUUGCAGUUGCACCAAAUGAUGUUCUGAGCUGUGACUCAUUAUGUCUAACAAACAAAUGAUGGUUUUCCACCAUCUCCAAAAUACUGAACCAAAAACAAAACUGAAGGAUGUAUAUUAUGCUUUCAUUGCUCUGCGUAUGGUCCAAAAGGAGCUCUGAAUAACAUAAUUGAAGCAUUGUUUUGCUGAAUUGUUUUAAUUUAAGACGCAAUUCCAGAAUUAGUGAUGAUACACUACAUUUUUUACAUUGUUUUUUAAUGUUAAAUUAAACUAAAUUAAGCAAUAUUACCUUAUACUUUCCCACCACGCAGUCUGAUUAUCUUCUCCCCUCUUGUGUACAAUACAUAUGUAGUUUAGGUGAAUUCAUCUCUAGGUUUGUUCAGUUUUGCUGCUACACUGUAAGGAAUAUGGGAAAAUCAAAGCAGCAUCUUUACUAUCUGGGAGAAGGCGCUGGCAUCAAACAUUUUCCACUUUUGUUUUUCUCCUUUUAUUUGACCACCUGUGGAGUUUAAGCAGAAAUCCUGAGUCUAUUUCUUUUUAAUAUUGACUCUUAGCUCCCAGCCUGCAGUUAAUUGGACCUCUUUAAAUCCCAUACUCUCUUCUUUACUUUUGUC